AUGGCCGACAAUUCAUCAGAGCGCCCAUCCAAGCGAAAGUGUCUCGGCGCAGACUGUGAAAACGAUGCGGGGGCACUGGCUUGCCCGACGUGCCUGAAACUGGACAUUAAAGACAGCUAUUUCUGCUCUCAGGAUUGUUUCAAGAGGAACUGGAAUGACCACAAGGCUAUUCACAAGACCGCGCAAGUCAACGCACAGAAUGGUUCAGGAGCAUACAAUCCCUUCCCGACAUAUCCCUUCACCGGCUCUGUCCGACCUGUCUAUCCUCUCUCUCCGAAACGCACCAUUCCUAAGACGAUUAAACAUCCCGACUGGGCUGAGACCGGCAUACCAAAGGGCGAACAGCGCUUGAGCAGGACGAAAAUUGACAUUCUAGACGCCAAGGGGCAAGAGGCAAUGCGAAAGGUUUGCAAACUAGCUCGAGAAGUGCUGGACAUCACCGCUGCAGAGCUCAAGCCGGGUGUCACCACAGACUACCUUGACGAGGUCUGCCACAAUGCUUGUAUAGAACGGGAGUCAUAUCCUUCUCCGUUGAACUAUAAUCGUUUCCCCAAAUCGCUUUGUACCUCUCCAAACGAAGUGGUCUGCCACGGAAUACCCGACCAGCGAGUGCUUCUGGAUGGCGAUAUCGUCAAUCUGGACAUCUCAUUAUACCACGGGGGUUAUCACGCUGACCUCAAUGAAACGUAUUAUGUGGGCGAUCGCGCCAAGGCAGACGCCGACUCGGUUACUCUAGUUGAAACGACCCGGGAAUGUCUGAACAGGGCCAUCGAUCUCGUGAAGCCCGGCACCCCCAUACGAGAGUUUGGCAAGGUAAUUGAAAAGUACGCCAAGUCUAAAAACUGCAGUGUCAUUGCGACCUGGGGCGGCCAUGGCAUCAACACGGAGUUCCAUCCCCCGCCAUGGAUACCCCAUUAUGCCAAGAACAGAGCGGUAGGCGUGUUGAAGCCGGGCAUGACUUUUACAAUCGAGCCCAUCCUUACUCUGGGGAAACCUCGGGAAGUUUAUUGGCCGGACAACUGGACAAAUGUCACGGUUGAUGGCAAACGGACAGCUCAGUUUGAGCAUACCUUGCUUGUCACAGAAACAGGGGUUGAGGUCUUGACUGCGGCUAACCCAGACUCCCCUGGAGGCCAAAUACCGAUGCCUGCAGAAGCUAAUGCCGCAUAA